CACUUAACUCUGUUAUCAUCCUCUACAUCCAUUAUCUUCUUCCUCUUUCUUUCUUCUUCUUCUUUUUUUUUUUUUUUUUCUCUCUCUCUCUCCUCCAUCAUCCUCCUCUAAGAGAACCCAGGUCUAGGUUCUUCAGGAGAACCCAGAUCCCUCUUCCUCCUUUCUUUUUUCUUCUUCUUUUCCUCUCCUCCCCUCUUCUUCCUUCUCUUCCCCCCUCCUUGAUCUGUUGAGGAGAACCCAUAUUGGGUUCUUAAGGAGAACCUGAUCUAGGUUCUCCUUGGAGCUCUCCUGGAGAACUGAUCUUGGGUCUCCAACAUAACCUAGAGCUGGGUUUUGCUGGAGAACCCAGAGGAGAACUUGAUCUGGGUUCUCCAGAUGGAGAGAGAAAAAAAAAGGAAGAAGGAAAAACAUGAGAGCGUGAGGCUAGGGAGCGGGAAGAUCACGACCAUUUAAUGGCCAAGGUGGCAGAAGAGGAAGGGAAGGAUCCACAGCUGCAACGGCAGGAUCCAGAGCAACUUGCUGCUGGAGCGAUAGUGGCUAUUGUUGAGGAACUCGCCACCGUGAUAUUGGCUUCCUUAGAAGCCGGCGAACCCAAAUCGAGUUCCUACAGCCCAAAUAGUAAGGAGAAAGAGAAAGAAAGGGUUGCGCUAGUGUCUUCAAAGUUAACAGAUUAAAUAACGAAGUUAAUAGAUUAAGUAACGGAGUGAGAAUGUGUAACGGAGGGUGAAGGAUUGCGAUGUGUGCCAAUCAUUGUCCUUUUGAUUAAUGGUGCUUAAAAUGUUGAACAAAUCCAUAUGCAGGCGCUGCAGUGGAUGGUGUUGUUUCUCCAACAUUUUUCUUCAUCUCCAUGUUAUUUAUUAUUGUAUUUCAAUUACAAAAUUAAUAAAAAGUAAUAAUUAGU